AUGCGCUGCGAAAAAAAAAAUAUUGGAAAACUCAGCGACCGUUUCGGACUUUCGCAGACGACGGCGGACGACCGCCACACGGACGCGCUCUGGCAGUCGCUGAAGAGCGCGCUGGAGAAGAUCCUGCGGAAGGACUGCUACGGGCUGAGCUCCGAGGACCUCCAGCGCGCGGUGCGGGCCAUGGUCCUCGACAAGCAGGGGAGGAGGCUCUACGCCGGGCUGAGGAGGGUGGUCGCGAGGCACCUCGAGGAGGAGCAGUCCACCCAUUGGCCGGUCCUCACUCAAUCUGACAUCUCGAAGGCGUCAGAUCCCACCUUCGGCCGACUUCGGCCGACAACGGCCGACUUCGGCUGCUUGAGGAACGAUUUCCAGCGAAACGAGCCCACUCGCUUAAAUCCUGCCAUUCGCCGAACUGGGUCGUCGCUCGACCAGAUCUAUCGACUGAAGGUUGCUUAUGAAAAUUUGAGCAACGAUAAUCAAGUCCGCGAGGAUCUGCUGGAGUCGCCGCCGAGCGACCUCCUCCAGACGCUCGUCCUGGCCUGGACGGACCACAAGAUCUCCCUGACGAUCAUAAGCGACAUCCUGGGGUACCUGGACCGGGUCUACGUGCCGCAGAACGGGGUGGAGGACGUCUACGGCCUGGGCCUGGCCCUCUUCAGGGACCAUGUAAUUAAAUACGGGGAGAUCAAGGAGCAGCUGAAGGAAGCCCUGUCGGACAUGGUGACGAGGGAGCGAAAGGGCGAGACGGUCGACCGGUCGAUGAUCCGCGACAUCACGACCAUGCUCGCCAUGCUCGGUGGCGACAUCUACAAAAAAGUCUUCGAGGAGCCGUUUCUUCAGCAGGCGGUGGAGUUCUACCGAGUGAAGAGUCGGAAUUUCCUGGAAGGGGGGUCGUCUGUCCGCGAGGAGGGGAGUCGGACGAACGGAGAGAAGGAGGGAGCGUCGCACUACGCGAAAGACGCGGUCAUCCAGGAGGUGCAGGACGAAUCCAUUUGCGAUCACAUGGAGACCAUUGUGGAGCGGGAGAGCCCCGAGAUCGCCCGCAUGCUGCGGGACGGGAGCGCGGAGGAGCUCCGCUCGAGGUACGACCUCCACUCGAGCGUGCCGGAAGGGAGCAACAUCACGGCGAAGUGCGUCUCCGCGUACCUUCGUGAGCGGGGGAGGGCCCUCGCUGCGGAGGCGGAGGGGCCCGUCUCGCACGUCCAGAGCCUCCUGGACCUGAAGAAGCAGCUGGACGACCUCCUUUGCUCCUCCUUCCGCUACGACCGCUUCGUGGAGGAGGCGAUCGCCCGCGAGUUCCAGCGGCUCCUCGCCCUCGAUCCGCGCUCCGCCGAACGGCUCUCCCUCUUCAUCGAUCACGCGAUGAAGAGAGGAGAGGAAGGGAUGACGGAACCGGAGAUCGAGGCCGCGCUCGACGAAGCCACGGCCCUGUUCCGGCUCCUGCCGGAGAAGGAAGCGUUCCAGCGGUGCUACGAGCGGCACCUCGCCAAGCGGCUGCUCCUCGAGUCGGUCUCGGAGGAAAUCGAGGGGAGCAUGAUCUCGAGGCUCAAGGCCGAAUGCGGGAGUCAGUACACCGCGAAGCUGGAGGGGAUGCUGAAGGACAUCGCGGUCUCGAACGCGAUCGCGACUGAGCUGAAGCACCGCAUCGCCUCGACCGGGGAGAAUCAGCCGGGAUUGGACCUGACCGUGCGGGUGCUGACGGCGGGGAUCUGGCCCGCGAGGCCCGUCGCCCCCGAGUGCGCCGUCCCCGUCGAGGCCCUCGCCGCCUUCGAGGCCUUCCGCAGAUUCUACCUGUCACUGCAUUCUGGACGAAAGCUCACGCUGCAGCCCCAGCUAGGAUCGGCAAACCUCAAGGCCACGUUUUACGAGCCGAGACGUGAGGACGGUGAGGCCGGGGAUGGAGGGUCCAGCUUUGCCCGUCUCGACAGUCGACGCCCGUCUCCCGGUUCCGCAUUCUCGUCCGCUAGGCCCGACGGUGGAUCGGUCGGGGCGUGGGGGGGCGAGGCGGGGGGGGCGAGGCAUCACGUGAUCCAUGUGUCGACGUUCCAGAUGUGUAUCUUGAUGCUCUUCAAUGAUCGAUCUCGAAUCUCUUAUUCGGAGAUAGCAACUGAGACACACAUCCCAGAGAGAGACUUGAUCCGAGCCCUCCAAUCCCUGGCACUAGGGAAGGCGGCGCAGAGGAUACUGAUCAAGAACCCCGAGACAGGAGACAUCGAGCCAAAUGACGUUUUUGCCAUCAAUGAAUCCUUCACCUCCAAGCUCUACCGAGUGAAGAUUCAUACCACGAAGGGGAGAUCAGAGCGUAAGAUUGAGACCCAUUCCCAGGCGGACGAGGACGAGAAGCAGGAAAUAGAGGAUGCGAAUAUAUGCAUCACGAAGUCAUGCAAGAGACCGCCGCACAACCCCCUCACGACGGAGGUUCCUGAGCGACUGAAAGGCCGCCUUCUUCCGAGUCCCGUCGUGCUGGAGAAGAGGAUCAAGGGACUCAUCGAACGGGAAUAUCUGGAUCGAAGGAACGAUGACAGGGAAUUGUACACGUACGUCGCCUGAAUACGGGGAUCCCGCUGGGACAGCUCCUCCCUUUUUCUCCAAAUCUGGUGCUUCAGCUGUGAUUCGUUCCUCUCUCGGCAAUCUCUUGGAAUUAUGCUUAAAACGAACCGACACCCCUACUAAAAGUGAUAUAUCAAUGCCUCAUCUACUGGUGCGACUGUAGUGUGGGAUUGAGCUAUUGUUCUGGGCAAGUUCGAAAGCAUUUGCACUUCACUUUCGUGAGUAUAGUUGACUUUCGUGAACAGAACUACCAGUUCUCCAUUUCGAUGUAUUUUCUGGCAUG